UCUCUCUCUCUGUCUCAUAACAGCAAUGGCACUCUUCUUCAAAGCCAUCUCAAGAUCCACCUCCAAAACCCUCCUCCAUCUCAGCCGCCGCUGCCUGUCCUCAACCGCAAGACCCAGAUGCAAACCCACCAUCUCCAAGACGGUCACAGCAGCGACAGCGGUGGCAAUCACCGCCAACAAGGGUGUUGAGGGCGGCGGCGCCACCAGUAGCAUAUCCGAGUCCUUGAUAGAGACACUACCCGGGUGGCGCGUGGAUGAUUUUCUCGAUUCCUCUUCUCCUCCCUCGUUCGGUAUCUAUAAGACUGUUGUUGAUGAAGUUAUGCCGUUUUGCUAUGCGGAUCUGGAGAGCAAUCUGGGUUCAUUUUCUUCCCCAAAUAAUGUAGGGAUUUGGGUUCCUCAAGCUCCACCGCCUCAAUAUCCUCAUCAAUACUCUUCUCCAAACACAUCUCUACUUUCGGAUAACAAACUCCCUGCCUCGUUCUCAUCUCUCUCUAUAUAUAUACAAUUAUAUAUAUAUAUAUGAUUAUAUGUAUAUGUGAGUAUGGUGUUUUUGAUUUGUGUCCAGAGAUAUCAGAGAAAGCAAAGCAGACACAAACCCAGCUCUCUUCUCUCUCUCUAGAUUUCUAGGCUACUCUCUCUCACACAAUACUCACCCACGGCACUCACAGCAGACACACAAGACACACACCCACGGGAUUGACAGACACACAUGUGAUGAAAACAUUUUUUUUUUCUUUUUAAAUCCACCCACUCCCUCUCUCUCUCUCUCCCUUUAAACCCUCUCUUUUCCUUUCUUUUUCUUUUACUAUUGCCAUCCACUACCUUUUGUUUUUCAAAUCAC